CCGGCGCGCCCAGGCCGGACCCUCCCCCGGGCGAAGGGCGGGCUCCUGGACCGCCGCGCGCGCGCUCGGCACCGGAGUCUGCACGAUGGCACCAGCUGGACGCCCCGGGGCCAAGAAGGGUAUUCUGGAGCGUCUGGAUGGUGGGGAGGUUGUGGUCGGCGAUGGCAGCUUCCUCAUUACUCUGGAGAAGAGAGGCUACGUCAAAGCCGGGCUCUGGACUCCGGAGGCGGUAGUAGAACAUCCAGCCGCAGUUCGUCAGCUUCACAUGGAAUUCUUGAGAGCCGGAUCAAAUGUUAUGCAGACUUUCACCUUUUCUGCCAGUGAGGACAAUAUGGAAAGCAAGUGGGAAGAUGUAAAUGCUGUUGCCUGUGACCUCGCCAGGGAAGUGGCCAGCAAAGGUGAUGCUUUGGUAGCAGGCGGGAUCUGCCAGACAUCCGUGUACAAAUACCACAAAGACGAAGCUAGAAUUAAAAAACUUUUUCGACAACAGCUAGAGGUUUUUACCAGGAAAAAUGUGGACUUCCUGAUUGCAGAGUAUUUUGAGCAUGUCGAAGAAGCUGUGUGGGCUGUGGAAGUCUUAAAAGAAUCAGGCAAACCUGUGGCGGCGACCAUGUGCAUAGGCCCCGCGGGAGACAUGCAUGAGGUGGCCCCCGGAGAGUGUGCGGAGAGGCUGGUGAAGGCAGGGGCUGCCAUCGUUGGCGUGAACUGCCGAUUUGGGCCCGGGACCAGCCUGAAGACGGUGGGACUCAUGAAGGAGGGCCUGGGGGCUGCGGGGCUGAAAGCGCACCUCAUGGAUUGGAGCCCAGAGUUGCCACCAGAUGGGACAUACAAAAGUAUGCCAGAGAGGCCUACAACCUGGGGGUCAGGUACAUUGGCGGGUGCUGUGGAUUUGAGCCCUACCACAUCAGGGCAAUCGCAGAGGAGCUGGCCCCAGAAAGGGGAUUUUUGCCUCUGGCUUCUGAAAAACAUGGCAGCUGGGGAAGUAGCCUCAAUAUGCACACCAAACCCUGGAUUCGAGCAAGGGCUAGAAGGGAGUAUUGGGAAAAUCUGCUGCCAGCUUCAGGCAGACCUUUCUGUCCUUCACUCUCAAAGCCAGACGUCUAAAGGAACAGUGAAAGAAAACACUGAAAUCAUAGAUCAGAAAGAAGUUGUCCUUAAGCCACACCUGGCAUCCUUGCUCACCUUCCUCCUCAGCCUGCUCUGCUGUCUCCCCCUGCUGCGGCCCCAGUUGGAUGGCUGUUUGCAUGCUGAGUUCCUGCUGUGAUGGAGCCCUCUGUGGAUGCUGGAUGCUGUGGAGAUGCAGGGAGGAUGAGAACGGCCCCUCAGCACCCCACCUCUUACUGUCCAGGAGCUGCUGUGCAUUCUGCUGAAGGUCGUCGAGAAGAGCCAAAUUUGACUCUGACAUUUUAAAAUAAUCAGAAAUCACUAUAAAUCAAACCUAGUGAAUUAGUCCAGAGACUAAGCUAGAUGCUUGAGGAAGAUGGGGCAACACUCUAAGCCAGUGUUUUUCAACCUUCUUUAUCUCACAGCACACUUCAACCUAUAACUAAACUUCCAGGGCACACUUAAAUUAUGUUGUUCAAAACAAUGAAUAAAAAGAAAGAAUAUACUCAC